GUCUAUCCCUUCGCUCGUUCUCCCGUGGCUGACGUUGAUUGGUGGUUCGACGAGGGUGGAGACUGCGCCAUGUUCAGCGGUCGCAUCUUUGCCGUUCUCGCGUGUACCCAUGUAGUACACAACAGCCACACGUUGACAGUCUGGCAGCCGUAAGCGAUACAGGACCGAUGAUAGAAUGGAGAAGCGAGAUCCGGUAAAGUAGUGGCACGGUACUUUCACCAUGUCCACGAAAUCCAAGGAGAAAGUGGUGGCCGCAAUUCGAAAGCUCUUCCGGUCUUCCGAUAAGAUAGCCGAGCCGGAAGGAGCCAGCAGCUCAACCAAUUCACCAUCGAGGAGACUCCUAAAUCGCCACCACCGUCCAGAUGCCGUCACUCCAGUGGAUGGACCGAUACUGGAAAAUCCAGAUUCCACUCAUGCCGAUCGCAAUUGUUUUUUCAAGGCAAAAAAGUCCGCAAAGGACAACAAUGAAUGCAAAUCCGCCUGCGACAAGGACAUCGGUCUGCGUCGACUAAUGAAGGAGUUUAACAGGAUCCAAAGAGCGCAGCGGAGCGACUCUGCCUUCACCGUGGAGUUAGUCAAUGAUAAUGUUUUCGAGUGGUUUGUUCGAUUACACAAAAUUGACCCGGACAGCAAGCUGGCGGCCGAUAUGCGCGAGCUGAAGAUACCUCACAUAUUGCUGCACGUGAUUUUUCCGAAGGAAUUCCCAUUUGCACCACCUUUUAUGAGGGUAAUCUCGCCGAGGAUCGAUCAAGGCUUCGUGAUGCACGGCGGUGCUAUCUGCAUGGAGUUACUCACGCCGAGAGGAUGGUGCUGCGCAUAUAGCGUUGAGUCGAUGAUCAUGCAGUUUGCGGCCAGCGUUGUAAAGGGACAGGCACAAGUAGCGAGGGUGCCAAAACCGAAUAAGGAGUACAAUCGGCAAUUGGCUGAGGAGACAUUCAAAAAUCUAGUGAGGACACACGAGAAGUACGGUUGGGUGACGCCGCCGCUCGCUGAAGGCUGAUCGUACAAUAUUUUAUCGUAAAAAGCGGAAAGGAAGGGAUCUGUGUUUCUUGCUUGAGAAGAGGCGCACGAACCGACGUGAUUUUUUCCGAUUUUUCCAGAAGUGCCGGCAAUAAUUUCUUUGUUGCAUUAAGAAAAUCAAAGAGUAAUUUUGUUGUUGCCUAAUUGCAGCAAGAAGAAUGCGCAAGCAGAUGUAACCAGGAAGUACAUCGAGCUUGUCAGGUGAACAAAGCGCGCGUGGAAGUUUUUUUAGUCAUUUUUAAAUUUUUGUAAUGAAAAUACGUAGGAAUCUAAGAAAAGAAAGUUUCAAGAUUUUUAAACAAAUUUCCCAUUUUUUUAAAUUUAAUUAAUUAGCCUUUUUGCAAGAAGAAAUAACUAUUGAGUAUAAGAAUAUUAACUUUGAUUAUAUUGUAUUACGCCAUUGUGAUUUUUUAAAAACUAAUUGAAUAUUAAAAAGAUAUACGUGUUCUUUAAAGAUCUUGAAGUUUUCUUCUGAAAUUCCCUAUACAUCUAUAUCGUUUAUGCCAAAUUAGUUAUUAAGACAAAUAUGAAAUUGUUACAAUUGUUAUUUUUAUUCACGUUUUUUUAAACGGCAAAAGUUUACAAGAUUUAUCUGUUGAACAUUGGAAGCUCAUAACAAAAUAUUCUGUUUCAUAUUAAUUUCAAUAAAUAAAGAAAAGAAGUUGCUCAAUAAUAUGCGUACUGAACUGUUACUGUUAAAUAAUCGUAAAACCGAUGAAAUAUGUAAAUAUAAACAACGAAAAUAUGACUAGAUAGAAUGGCUCAUUUCUCGCUUUGUAAAGUUUUAGUUUACAAAUUUUUUAAGGAAAAAUAUCUGCGUUCAAAUUUUUCCGCGGAAAUAGAAAUCUUGAUUAUGAGCUUCUACAAUAAUUUAUUUCUUUUUCUAGACCCAAUAACAUAAUAUCUAUUAUAUAUAAACAAUUUUCUAUGUUUUUCGAUCAACUAUUUGCAGAAGUUUUGUACAUACAAUCGGUAUGUUGGACAUAUAUUUGUAUGUGCCAAAUAAAUACACCAAAUUCGAAGUAUUAACGUCUUUGCAAAACUUUGCAAAACUUCAGAUUGAUAUUUAAUCGCGAAGGUUCGCGCGACUGUAGACGCUGCAGUUCAUCAAGAAUGAACGUAUCAUGAAGCGUAUUUAGAUUAAUAAGAGACCCAGUUAAUUAUUUAAAUGAUUGACUUUAAUAUGACGCCGAAAAGUAAUAUCUGUACAAGAUUUUCAAAGGUAAAGUUGCACGCAGAUGAGAAAAAGUUAAAUAUAAAUAAAAUAUUUACAAAUACAUGAGAAAUGAGUUAUUAGUCUUAUUCCGGCGCAUAUUAACAGUACUUUUGGCCUAUUUGCCGUAGUAAUAGUAGUUUGACGGCAGGCAUAUAUAUAUAUAUACUGUAUCUUUUUUCCACCACACAUCACACAUUCUACGUUUAGAAAUUUAGGAAUAACAAAUACAAAUGUACAGCACAAAUGAGUGCUAAUCUUUCCUAUCUUCGUUAACAUCUUGUAAAUUAAUUGCAAGUUAUAUUUAAAAGCGAUUUACAACGCCGUUUUAUCAAAUCUGUUGGAAUAAAGUUGCUAUUCAAAGA